CGGUGUCGGCGGUGGUUCCGCCCUCUCCGCGAUGGCAGCGCCCGAGCAGCCGCCGCCGCCCGAGGGCUCCAGGCCGCUGGGCGCGCUCCUCAGCGGCAUCGCGCAGGCCGCCUUCUGCGGCAGCGCGGGCAUCACGGAGGAGCUGCUGCGCGGGCAGCUCUACCCCGAGGCGGCGCCGGAGGAGUUCCGCGCCCUGCGCGCUAAGAUGGGCGGUCUCCUCCAGUCAAUUGCUUCAGCAGACAUGGAUUUGAAUCAGCUGGAGGCAUUUCUCACUGCCCAAACCAAAAAACAAGGUGGCAUCACAUCUGAUCAGGCUGCAGUCAUUGCAAAAUUUUGGAAGAACCACCGAAUAAAGAUCCAUGACAGCCUGAUCAAUCAAAGCCGUUGGGAUAAUGUCUUGAAAAACAUGAACUGGCGAGUGGAUCUGAAGUCACAAUCAAGACAUGUUGAUCAGAUAAACACUCCUGUUGCAAUAGUUGAAAUGGAACUGGGAAAAAAUGGGCAGGAAUCGGAGUUUCUUUGUCUGGAGUUUGAUGAGGCCAAGGUGAGCCAGAUGCUGAAGAAACUCUCGGAAAUAGAGAAAAGUAUGACUUUAUUGACUCAGACCACUUAACCAAAUAAAGAGAUUGCAACUCAGAAAAGAAAUAACCCUCGGUAGUUUGUCAUAAUUCCUGUUUCUGCAUAUAAAAUAGGUAAUUGUUAAAUCCUGGUUAUAAUUGUACAACAUAUUCACAACCAAGUAACUUUUACACUGUGAAGUUUUCUCUGACUUGUCCUCCAGGCCCAUUCUCCAAGGUGGCAGUGGCAUUGUUCGCAUAAAGCUGUGCAUAAUCAGGACUUCGAGUUUACUGUAGCUUUUCUCUUUUUUCCCUUCAAUCAAAUUUUGAGUCUUCCAGAUGCUGUAAAUCCUGGGUUGGAUGAACAGCAAAGGUAAAUUGGCCAGUUGUGGCAGGGGAGAAAUGAGCAGAAGGAACAGGCAGACUAGGGGGGACUCAUGUUUAUUCUUCCAAAUCUUGGGCUAUGUAGGACAAAUCCACCUGCAUGAACUCUGUCUGCUUAGGGCUUAAAGCCCAGGAGAGUAGAUGAAGUGCAGUGAGUUCAGGGAGCAGAAACACAAACACGUUUCUGUAAUUGUGAGCCUCUAUGCUGCUGAGGAUUAAAUGGUUCCCAAGGUGUGAGGUGGCCAGCCUUGCUGGCCCAUUCAGUCACACCUAUGCGAUGCCAUGGGGAGCCAGGGGACAAUCAGGGGAGCAUCUUUUGGGUGGUCGGAGUUGAUGCUGGUUUCCCAAAAGGAGCAGCCCUCCUACGUGUGCUGAGCACCCUGCUGGCCAGCCUUCAAAGCCACUUCUGACCUGCUUCCCCAAAGGCUGGACACCCUCAUCAGCCUUCCAGCUCUUGAGCUAUAGUGGUGCAGCCCUGGCACUGAGCUGCACAGUGUGUUUGAGAGGAUGGUGCUUUGUCAGGGCACAGUUUAACUUGGCUGCUCUUAGUCCUGCCUGUCAUGAUGUUUGUCUUGACCUCAAAGAGCCCCAGGUGAAACCCAGGGUUUCUAGUGUAUGCAUGUUGAGCUUGGAAUUCAGGUAAGAGGAAAACACCCUUGGCAGCCUGGCAGGUUAAAGCACUAUUGAUAAAAUAGUUGUGUGAAGAAAGCUUCCAGAGGCAGAUAAGGUAUAUACAGGUUGCUGUGGCUCUUGGCUGUUGCAGGCACCCGUAUCUCUCUGCCACAGCACCAAACUGCAGAGCAACCACUAACCUUCCAGCUAAAGAGGAUUGAGCAGAAAUGUUUUCAGUUUCAGAUGUUUCCGUUGAGGGGUGCAACCUUGUCAGCUGUGUCACAGCAGGAUGUAUAACCACACUUAACUGGUUUAUCAGUGCAGGAGGACAUGGAGGGGCUGUUCUGGGCAGGCUAAUGCUUUUAUUGAGCAUGAUAGUCCCUACCAGGGAACUGCCUGAUAGUCCAUAAAAUGGUGAUGGACCAGCUGGAGACGACAUUGAUUCACUGUUUGCUUUGUGUGCACGUGCAUUUGGUUGGAGGCUAAAUUGUUUCCUUCCAUUUUAUUUUAGCUUCAUAAGCAACCUCCUGCUGAGGUGAAAUUAUAUUGAGGGCUUGUACCAAGACAGAGAUGACAACAUAAAAUGUUCUUGUGCCAUAACUAAAGUAUUCCUCAUUGCUUCUCCUUGAGCAUUUAUUGCUUGUGGAGUUGCCAGAUUGUACUUGGAAGCAGACUCUCUCUUCAGAGCAAGGGAAGGGCACCUUUUCACAUCUGCCUGGUCAGAAGGGAAAGCAUCACCCAAGCCAAUUUGUAUCACUGCAUUGGGAAUUAACACUUCCUUUCCCGUGCCUGUCCCACUGCCACCUCAUUUCUUACAGCUACCUGGUUCUCCACUGCAUCUCAUAGAGAGAUGGUGCAGCCCACAGCUACUCACUUUCCCCGUCUGCCUCCAGCUGAUACUUGUCAGAGUGGAACUGGACUGUAACCACCAUCACCAGAUCAGUGAUCUUCAUGGCAGUCCUCAGGUAACUGGCUGCCAGCACAGGUGUGAAAUGCUGUGUGGUUGCUGAUUCUCUGAGCUUUCUACUUGCUUUUUCAUCAAAGUUCAUUAAAAUGUUUUUCUGAGUUUUAGAGCAUGUUUUAAAAAAAUAAAAUCAAGGUCAGGGGAGGAUCGUGAUCUUAAGUAACUUGCACCAUGUCAAACAUACUUAUUGUUCUAUUUUAACAUGGUCAGAGGAUAAGAAAAUGUGCUAUAAAUGGAAAUUAAAGAGAAACAAACUGGGAACAGAUAUCAGGAAGUAUUAUUUCAUGCAAAGGUUAAUAAAUAUGUGAAAUGGCUAACCAGGCAAGGAGGCUGAGGCAAAAAAUAUCAGGGUCAUUUAAGAAAUAAUUGGAUACUUUCCCAGUAGAGGUGAGAAGUUAAAAAGGGGCAUGUUUUAAUGGGUGGACACUUCACUUUCUUCCUAAUCCUCCCUCCCCUGAAUAUCUAAUGAUCUUGAUUUUCUUCUUGUUGCAUGUUUGUAAACUUCUAUGCAAAACUGGAAAAAAUAAAGCUGAAUAUUCUGGAGACCACACUCUGCCCAGCCCUUAGGAAGGGCACAGGAGCAUCACUGGGCAGCAAAAUCAUUUCUGUUUCAUGAGGUUUUGACAUGGGCAGGACAGAAGUUGCUCUGCUUCCCCAGACUGCUGUAACUGCUCAGCUGCUGCUGGCGCACAGAGAACAGAUUUUUGCCCCCUUGAGCAGGACUGUGCCUUCCUACUGGGAUAGUUUAUGUGUGUGUGUCCAUCUGUCUGUCCCUCAUUAUGGACUUUUCAACUUAUUGGCCACUCUUGGCUGACCUUGGUGGAGGAAAAGAGGCCUCCGAUGCUGCUCUGCUUUGCUUGCUUGAGUGAAGGACACAAGCACCUGUGGCUUUUUGUUGGGACUCAUGAGUGUUACCAGCUAUUGAUGGCCCUGCUAAAUAUCUCUGUGGUGUUGGCAAAUGAAAGCUGCUUGCAUAUGCACUUCAGGAGAGAUUUCAAAGUCCUUCCCCAAAGCCCAGAUGUAAAGCAAAUUCAGCCCAAAUGCAUGGCCAGGCAGCUCCUGCUGUGGCUAGGCCACACGGGGAUGCUGACCUCCUGCUUGGGUCUAUCUGAGCAGACAUCCCAGCACAGCCCUGUUGGCCAUAGGGGCCUCAUCCUGUUUUGGAGACCACUGCUGCCUGCCAUGGCACCAGCAGCUCCUGUGCCUGCGUGCUGAGCCAUGCCAGCAGUGUGACACCAGGGCCAUCGCCGCCACCUCCUCCUCUUCCUCCUUCCUUCAGGGGAGCCGCCCCUCAGGCGUGCCCUGAGCCACCAGUCAAGCCUGCUGGGCAGUUUGUAAUUUCCAGUGUAGGGACACAAGCAGCCCAGCACAGCCAGGGGAGGAAAGAGAGGGAGACAGGGAAGCAGUAGGACGAAGGGCUGAAGGAGCGCCCCUGCCUGAGUGCCACCUGGGAGAGUUCUCCCUGCCCGGUCCUUGAAAGCAGCCAGGGAAGGAGUGGGGACACAACGCAUGCCAUGCUCCAGUAUCCUCAACCUUGGAAGACUCCCCUCAUACCUGCCCCCCUGCAGGUAUACCUGUCUGCGAUCUGCCCAAUCUCCAUCCUUCCUGGUUUACUAGCAACUAAAAACUUCUUGCGAUCAGGACUGCUGCAUGCUGCUGGGCUGGGGCAGGUUUGGUUUCAAUCAAAGUCUAGGUAUUUAACGUAACCUGCAUCAUGUUGAUGGAGGCAGGGCAGGGAGCAGCCAGGUAGAUGCUGCUCAGGCAGAGAACAGCACCAGCAAUUUCCUCUGGUCCCACUUUUGCUGGUGCUUUCCUGGGUGACAACUUGUCAAAGCCGUGGUGGAUUUGCACUGUGAUGACUGAGGCUGUCGCUGCAGCUCUGCCACCAUGUUUAUGACAACUCCAGAUGUGCAGCCCGUCCCAAGCUCUGUUGUUUCUUACCCAAGACUUGUAAGCAGCAGCCACGUGUUGUUGCAGCCUCCAGCUGGUUCUUCCUCAGAUGUCACCUUUUGCACUGCUAAAAUGCCUUGCAAUUUAUUCAUGCAAUUGCUUCUUGUUUUCUGGGAAUUCCUCCAAGUUAACGCUUGUUUAUGAUCUGGUGCUCCCUAAAAUAUCUGCAAGUGCUGUCACCUUCAAUCAUACAUUACACAAUUGGCAAGCCCUGUACUCUCUGCUUCGCAAAAAGAUUCCUGUUAGCACAAUUUUCUUUCUUAUUGGUCUGCAUAUUCCCAGAACUGUUGAAUUUUUAGCGUAUUUUUCUAGGCAUGUCUGUAUUUGAAAAAAAUAACAAUUUAGGCACACUGUGUUUUUCCAAAUCCAAGCCAAGCAAGCCGUGUAUUUCAUAAAGCUUUGGGCCAUGGACAGCAGCAGAUGACAAGGCAUACUUCUUUUACACUGCUGUUGAUUUACUUUGCUGUUGUGUAGGGGAAUAGACAGGGAUCGGCGACCGGAAGAUUACGGGAUGUGACGGAAAGAUAGACUCCUCCCCAUAGGAGUGGCAGGAACAGGAACCGCAAGAGCUAUAUAAGCGUGUGACGCAGCCAAAUAGACGGACAUUUUGUAUCCAUCAUAUUGGUGUCUGUGCAUCACUGUCCCCAGGGUGGGUAGAGCCCUGUGUCCCGGAGGUAUGCGGCCCAAGAUAAGUUCUCCCGUAGAAGUGUACAGCUACACUGUUGUUCAGGUUACUUAGUCUCAUUUUAUUUUACAUUUCUUUUUUAUUUUUCUCUCUUACAGGUCCUUUUUGUAAGUAUAAAUGUCAGAAUUAAUGUUUGUGUUUUUAUUGUGUUUCAUGGGAAGGUUUUUGCUGGAGUCUACAACCUCCAUAUUUUAUUGUGCUUUGACUUUUUGAUAAGCUGGUUGAUAUUUUGAGACAUUUUCUUUUCUGUAUGUCAGUUCUUUGCUAUCUAUUGAUAAAAUAAAUUGCUUACCAUCUCUCUGA